AUGCCAAGGACCAUUCUCCAAGAGGAGGCCAGACGGACGUCGCCUUCAGCGUCACCCUCAAAGGUGACGGCAACGUCUAUUCCUAGAUCGACGCUCACAUCCGCAUCCACGUCGGCGCUUGCUUCCUUCUCCGCCCGUCUACUGGAGCUUCCGAUCCUCGUGCUCCCCGGGCCGGCCGACGAGGCACCACGGCCCCCCCAAGUCGCCCCCUCGAGCCAGCCACCCGCGAGCUAUGGAUGUGCAGCAGUAGAUCUCGAAGCCGAUCUCGAAGCCAAAGCAGCCGAAGCAUCGAUUUCGCAUGCGCCCGGCAAGAUGUCGCGACGAGCAUCCUGCCACUCCACCACUCCGCCCGCCGGAUGGACUUCCCCGGCAUCGGGCCCCUCCCAGGCGAAAGGGGACGGGGAAGCCGCUGCCACCGCUGCACCAGCCGCCCCCCCUCCCCUGGCCACUUCGCAGCAGCAGCUCAACGAGUAUCGCGAGCGGCUGGCGCGGGAUCUGGAAAUACGUGAGCUCUCCGCCAUGGGCAUGCUCGCGUCGCCGCCAGACAAGACGCGCAUCUCGCCCAUCCUCGAGGAGGCGGUCCGCCACCAACCUCGACGCCCGUCCGUCACCACUUCGACCACCACCUCGACCACCACGUCCACCGAAUCCGCCAAGACUGUUCGCGGCGGCACCACGCCAGGCUCCGUCGUCGGUACGCCGUCGUAUCCAUUCCCUCGAAUGACCAACCCCGGAUUCUCCCCUUCCUCGCUGCACAAGUUCCUACCGCUGCCCGCCGGCAUCCCUCGGACGUCGCACGCCGGUGCCGUGGAGAACCGCGCCGUCAUGGACAAGGUUCUCUCGGACAACUCGACGCCGGCCUCCAACUGCACCUUUGGUCCCUUGGGCGUGUCGCGCCAUCAGGAUACCUUCGACUCGCCCGUCCCGAACCUCUACGACUUAUCCCUCAUGCUUGGCGCCGAGCCUGGCCUGGAUGCCUGGUGGGGCACUGUCGUUCAGAUAUUGAAGGAUGUCUACAAGGCCGAGCGCGCAACGCUGGCCGUUCCGGCCGACACCACCGACAUUGAAAACGUGCCGUGGGGCCAGAAGGCGACGUACAAUGAGCACCAGCAGGACGAUCUGAGCCUUGGCUACAUGGCCAAGGGAAGCAGCGUCGUCCAGGGCAGCGACCAGGCCAUCUCGGACAUGUCCGUCCGUGCCGAAUUCACACCGGGGCCGAGAACGCCAACGCGGCCUGGCCUGGCCAGCCGUCAUUCCUUCACGGCCUACGAGGAGAACAAGGAGCGAGCGCAGCACCAGACACCCAGCUCCGCCCGAAGACCGACGGGCUUGACGAGAAGCAAGACGCUAUUCUCGUCCGUCCGGUCCGCCCACGCCGCAGGUAGUCACUACAUCAAGCUGAACAAGGAUGCUUUGGAGGAGCACGAUGCCGCCGAGCGCAAGCGACGACAUGUCCCCGGUUGGGAGGCUCCCGUGGCCGCCGGCUCUGAGCCCCAGGGCCGCAUCUUGUCCGUCCUUCAGGCUCUCGACUUCGAGGCCGAUCCUCUCAUCGACCAUGCGGGAAUCAUGCGAAUACUUCAACGGGGGCGGCCCGUCGCUCUGACCAGGAGUUACCCAUAUCUUCCCACCACCACGAGCCAGGAGAAUGACCAGCCGACGGAAGAAAAGCCGGAUUCGAGACCGGGCAGCGCAGAAGCGGCCAAGCGACCCGCGAGGCGGCCAUCCGACGCCGCUUCCACCUUCUCGUCCAUGUUUGCCAGCCCGUCUCGCGGGAAUGCAAUAUCGAUGGCUUCGCACCUUGACGAAGAAGAGCCGAGGCCUCGCACCCCAAGGUACGAAGAGUACGAGCAGGCACCGCCGUCCCCCUGGUCGCAGUCGCCCGCUCCCUCGCCGGCGGUGCGAGCCGAUCCCAAGGAGAACCCGUUCUUCACAGAUGCCAUGGUCGACGAGGAUUCCUUCAACCCCGGUUCGGCCCCGGCAAGCUACUCCGGCAUGCGACCGCCGGAAGCCAUCGGCGUCGACAACUCGUGGACCGUGCUGCACAUACCGCUGACGCAUGUGCUCCUCUCGAGGCCAGCGCAGCCCUUCAAGCCGAACGCUACAACCAGGGGUCUACGCCCCCAGCCUCGGAGCAAGGACGGCGGAAGUGGCGACGACAGAGAGCUCUGCGAUCUGGACCGCCUGACACCGGAGCUUUCGCGGAAGCAGAAGCCGGCCCCCAUUGCCAUCUUGUCCAUUCUGAGUCCCAUGAUACCAUACCCGUCCAAGCUCAGGCACUCUCUCGAACACCUCGCGCCACAUCUAGCCACCUCGUUCUCCCUGUGCCGAUAUUAUAGCAAUCUGGAGACCGAACUUGCUGGCAUGCAGCGGAAACGGCCGCCCACGGCCGGCUUCGGCGCCGUCGCACCCCACGCCAGGCACGACAACAAGAUACCCUACUUGGCGCCGAGAGAAGUUCUGCUGCAGCAGCCCCCGUGCGGAAGCAUCACGAGUCCGAGCGAAAAUUCUGGCAUCUCGAAGAGUGCCACAGGCUCCCCGAUCGGGACCCCUAGGUGGGAGAACGAAUCUCUCAAUCAAAUCGUCGACAAGAAACCGCCGGCCGGCAGCCCGGCGGCAGCCUCUCAGCCAUCCGAAAACUACUUCAGCAGCCAGCGGAGAGCGCCCUCCUCGGCGCGACAGGAAUCCCGUGGUCCGGCAAUGCAGGUGGCACGGGCUGGGUCCAAGGACAACCCUCCGGGGGACGCAAGGCAGCUUUUCUCGUCGCCUCCUAAGCCUUCGCAGAGUCCCCUCGCCGCCGAGCACGUCUCCGACAUGUUGGGUCUCGAGUUUAACGAGAGGACGGCGCAGGCGUGGGAGGACUUCGUUGCGAAUGGCGCAAGCGACCGAGACGCCGACGUGCCCGGGGAGGAUGGAACGACGAAGCGGGAACACAAGGCAGGAGACGGUGAGAGACCCGAUCCCCCCUUGCGCCCGGUGCAUGCCCAUAGCGAGCUGCACAGCUAUGGAGCGGACUUUGCCUCGUCUUUCCAGUCGCUGCCCCCGAGCUCGAGUCUGGGUCGACAGGUGCCGCAGACACCAUCGGCGCCGCCACGCACCGGUUCCCUGGCUACCCUAGGGACCGACAUGCCACCUCCCUCCGAUAAGCUCAAGGGUUUGAUCCUAGACUCGUUGCCCGCCCACGUCUUUGUGUCUUUGCCGCAGACCGGCGAGACUGUGUGGGUGAACAGUCGAUUUCUGUCGUACCGCGGCCAGACCGUCUCGGAUCUGUCGAGAGACCCCUGGGGCAGCGUGCACCCGGACGAUCGCGAUGGAUACCUCAAGGCCUGGGGCCACUCGCUUCGAACCGGAGAGCAGUUCUCGAGGUCGGUGCGCAUAAAGAGGUUUGAUGGCCAAUACCGAUGGUUCUACGCCAGGGCGGUCGCAUCCAAGGACAAGAGAGGCGUCAUCAUGCAGUUCCUUGGCUCCUACAUGGACAUUCACGAACAGCACAUCGCAGAGCUGCGGGCGGCCCGUCAAGAGGAGAUUGAGGCGUCCGAGGCCAAGCAUCGACUGCUGGCCAAUCUCAUUCCGCAGAUCAUCUUCACCGCCACCGAGGACGACGGUAUCACCUUUGCCAACGAGCAGUGGCUUUCGUACACGGGGCAGAAGUUUGAGGCCGCGCUGGGCCUGGGAUUCAUGGAUUAUGUUCAUCCGGACGACCUGGAAAAGUGCUGCAUCCCGACGGACCGAGGCCGUGAAUUGUCGAGAAAUCCCGAUGCUGAAUGGAUGAAUGGAUCCAGCUCGUCCGCUGCCUCGUCCACGUCCGGCACCGCCAAGGGUGCAAAGUCCCCCGCGCCUCCGGAAACAGGCUUGUCGUGCAGUCGUUCGGCGUUGUCACGAAAUGGCAGCUCCGAAACGGAGGCGAGCCAGGAGCUGUCGUCGACCGACCUCACGGAGCUGGCGAGGAAAGGCAUCAUCAAGGUGACGACCGACACCAGCGGCAGGCUCUCGUACACGACCGAGGUUCGCCUGCGCUCGAAGACUGGCGAGUACCGCUGGCAUCUCAUCCGCUGCGUUCAGAUUGAUACCAUCGACUUUGGCCGCGGCGCGAGCUCCUACUUCGGCUCGGCCACGGACAUUAACGACCACAAAAUCUUGGAAACGAAGCUCAAGGAGGCGAUGGAGUCGAAAAGCAGGUUCUUGAGCAACAUGUCACACGAAAUCAGAACGCCCUUGAUCGGCAUCUCGGGCAUGGUCAGCUUCCUGCAAGAUUCGACGCUCGACGAGGAGCAGCGUGACUACACCAACACGAUCCAAACGAGCGCCAACAGUUUGAUCAUGAUCAUCAACGACAUCCUAGACCUAUCCAAGGUCGACGCCGGCAUGAUGAAACUGAAGCACGAAUGGUUCCACACUCGAUCCCUGAUCGAGGACGUCAACGAACUGGUCUCGACCAUGGCCAUCGCCAAGCGCCUGGAGCUGAACUAUCUUGUCGACGCGGAUGUGCCGGCCUGGGUCAAGGGUGACAAGGUUCGCAUCCGCCAGGUUUUGCUCAACGUCAUCGGCAACGCCAUCAAGUUUACCACCGAGGGAGAGGUGUUUAGUCGAUGCCGAGUUUGUAGCGAUGACCCCUCGGAGAAAGACGGCUCGACCAUCAAGCUUCAGUUUGCCAUCACCGACACCGGUCGGGGUUUCUCCAAGGAAGAAGCGGAGCUCAUAUUUAAGCCGUUUAGCCAAAUCGAUGGCAGCAGCACUCGACAGCAUGGCGGGAGCGGGUUGGGUCUCGUGAUUUCCAGGCAACUGGUUGAACUUCACGGCGGCACCAUGGAGGGCAGGGCGGAGCUGGGGAAAGGUUCGACGUUUACCUUUACGGCCCGGUUCGCGCUGCCAACCGCAAGCGACCAGCCAACCCUGCCCGAAAGUCCGGGGGCUUCCAAGCCGGCCGAGUCCCACCACGCUGCAUCUGUCAUCGUUUCGGCGACAGGAAGGUCUCCGCCUGCUCCGGGACGGCAUCUCGAUGCCAAGGCUGACGAUGGCACGGCCGGUGCCUUCUAUGCUCCGCCUGGCACCGUGUCGACCGGCUGCCCGGAACCCGCAUUCCAUGCAAGCAGACCGCACGUUGCGGACCGGGCUUCGGCAACGUCGGUGAAUCAGGAACUUGCUCGUAUCAGCGAGGCAGCCAAGGCGAGCGGGCAGGACCUUUUCCAGAUGAGACUGGACAUUGAGCACGAGGGAGCGCCCAUGGAUCAGGCAGCAUUUUCGGGAAACGUCGGCCAGCCGUCGUCAGAGUUCUGGCCACCCAUGUACUCGAUCCUGAUCAUAUGUCCACAAUACCACAGUCGCGAGGCGACAACCCAGCAUAUCGAAAUGACGCUACCCAAGGAGGUGCCGCAUCAGAUAACAGCACUGGCGUCGGUUGAGGAAGCGCGGAGCUAUGUUGGCGGCGGCGAUGCCAUCCAAUUCACGCACAUCGUGCUCAACCUUUCUUCUGCCGAGGCCAUCAUUGACGUCAUGGAUCAGAUAACCAAGUCGCAGACGGUCGACAGUACCACCAUCCUCAUCCUUUCCGACUCGAUGCAGCGCCAAGCCGUGAUCAAGCUCGCGGCGCAGACGAAGUACAGCCGGCUGUUUACGGACAACCUGGUGACCUUUAUCUACAAACCAGUCAAGCCGUCACGCUUUGCCGUCAUCUUCGACCCGGAUAAGGUGCGGGAGCUGAGUACGGAUCGGAAUCGAACGACGGCGCAAAAGAUGGUGGAGAACCAGAAGGCGAGCUAUCAAGAGAUUGGGCGACGCAUGGGCAACAAGGGGUACAGGGUGUUGUUGGUGGAAGACAACCCGGUCAACCAAAAGGUGCUCAUGAAGUACCUCAAGAAGAUUGGCGUCGACGUGGACGUUGCGAUUGACGGCGUCGAGUGCACUGACAAGGUCCUCUCGAAGCCGCACAACCAUUACUCUCUCAUCCUGUGCGACCUUCACAUGCCACGCAAGGAUGGCUAUCAAGCUUGCCGAGAGAUUCGCCAGUGGGAGAUGGCCGGUGAGGUCGCGGCGAUGCCCAUCAUCGCGCUCUCCGCCAACGUCAUGUCUGACGUACAAGACAAGUGCAUAGCUGCGGGGUUCAGCGACUAUGUUACGAAGCCGGUCGAUUUCAUCGAUCUCAGCAGGGCCAUGGCAAAAUUCUUCUGA